AUGGAGACGACGGAUUCCGGCGAGCCGAAGGCUCUGGUGCUGGGGGACGGCGACCUGAGUUUCAGCGCCGCCCUGAACGCCGAAGGCUUGAGGCUGACGGCCACGACACUGGAGUCCAGAGAGGACCUGGUGCGAAGGUACGCGAAUGCGGGCGCCCACAUCGCGGCCCUCGAGGGCGCCGGCGCUCGCGUGCUGCACGGAGUGGACGCCACGCGCCUCAGGGAGACGUUGCCAGGAGAUGUCGGGUCAUUGUUCCACCGCAUCAUCUUCAACUUCCCGUACCAGGCCUUCGGCGGCAUCAAGGGCCUCCGCCGCUUAUUGGCCGCCUUCCUCGAGGAGGCCGCGGCUCUGCUGGCUCCGGACGGCGUGAUUGAGGUCGCCCUGUGCGCGGGCCAGGGUGGCACGGCAAAAGACCGCCAGGCGCGGCAGUUCGGGACGGUUUCUUGGUCCGAUGGCCCUGUGCAUUUGAUGGUCAAGGGCACUAUGGACUCCGCGGACAUUGCAGCUCAAGCCGCACUUUCCCACUCUCGGGUGGCCGGGGUCAGGGAGUUCCAGAUAGCCAAGGCCUUGAUGCAAGGUCGAGAUCUCAGCCAGUUGGUGCCCUCCCAGUGGGGCCCUGUGCACUUGUUCGACCUUUGCAUCUCCUUCGGGUACCAGGACACUGCCAAUGCUAUGGCUGAGGUGUCGGACGCGGCCACGGCGCGCCUUUUGGACAUCGCCAUCCUCACUGGGAAUAAGGAGGCAGCCCUGUCCCUCGCUGGCGCCAAGCUUUGGCCCCUGCGCCGGUGGAGGUCUCAGGAUUUAUUCAACAUGCGCGCAAAUGCACCGCUUGUUGAGCCCCGCAUCUUGAUUGCAGCUCUAUCAGCUGGCGCCGACCUACAAUUGCUUGUGGUCAGCGGUUGGGGGUUGCUGCCAUUGCGAGAAGCUGUGGUUCUGUUGACAACAUGGCCGUGGUCAGAUUUCGCUGGACUCUUGGGAGGCAAAAGCCCAUGGGUUCCAGAGAAGCCCAACCGCUUAGUAGAGGCAAUGCUGGAGGUCUCUUCAAGGGGGCAUUGCAUUUCCCACAGCUUGCUCAAACGCGCAGCAAUGGCAGGACUUCCUUUGACGCAUUUCAAUCUUCCAGGGUUUGGGUAUCACUGGAACUUGUUACAGGCUGCAGUUCUGUGCGGGCAGCCAGACUGUGCUGAGAUGUGUGCUGCGCUUGGCGUGGAGUCGCUUGACCAGGACCUUUGCCGCUUCAUCUGCCAGGUGGCUCGACAUCCACGCCAACAGGCCCGGGGCUGGGCCAACAGCCGGCGCGCCCCGCCCUUGGAUCUGGCCACGGAAACCUUGGAUCUGGCCACGGAAAGUGAGCGCAGGUCGGCCGCCGCAGCAGCAGCUCGCGCAGCUUUCAUCCGGUCACGGAGGCUUGAAGGCAGGGAGAAGGGCGUGGCGCUGCUGCAAGCAAUGGCCAAGCUUUCUCGCGGGCCAGCCUUGCCAGUGCUGGUGGAGAAAGUGAUUGACUUCUUGGUUGAAGUCCCGGUGACCUCUCUGGCAGAUUUGCCGAAGCUCACUUGA